AUGAGUAUCUCAAGGCUCAUGACUCAUGCUCAGCAGGUUGAGGGAGAUAAGCUUAAAGAAAUAGCUAAAGACAACAAAAAGGCUAUAACAGGGAACCACGAGUACUCUCAGCAGAAAUUAGGUGGUGGAAAUCGCUCGACCUACCCAACUUGUCCAAAGUGUUGUAAGAACCAUCAGGGCGAGUGUCUUGCAGGCAAGGAAGGAUAUUUUGGUUGUAGUCAGACUGGUCACAGGUUGAGAUAUUGCCCUUCUUCUAUACAGGGACAAGGAGGUAACAAUAGUAGGGCUCAGUCUAUAGCUCCAGCAGCACUAGCAGGUCGCCCAACUCAGCAGGGUGUUUCAUCUGGUAUAAGUGGCGGUUAA